AAAGCGGGUCAAGGCUCCGUCCGUCCAGUCAGAAAACUUCCCCUGUAGUUGAUAAUGAACACUGGGGAGAAAACGACACGUCCUCCUCCUGUUAAAGUUCUGUCAGGGCAGCUGAGGACGGCAGAGAGCCAGAGAAGCGCCGACGGCAGGCUCGAGUGCGUGCUGCGCCCGGGCCGGGCCCGCUCUCUGCCGGUAUCCAUGGUGUGGAUGCAGGGAACUGUGCUGGAGGUCCAGCUGCACCGAGACACGGUGCUCCUGAUGGACGAAACCGGUACCUUUGUCGUCCAGGGCAUCAACACCAUUCCCAAAGGAAAACCGUGUUUGUCUCCAGGCAGCUACAUGAUGGUGAUGGGUGUCAUCCGGGCCGCCUCGCCGGAGCCCGUCAUCCAGGCCGUCAAAAUGGCAGACCUCUCUGAGCUCACCACGCUCCACAGACGGAUGUGGAAGCUGGAGGUGGAGGACCUGCAGGAGGUGCUGCUGACUUGAAGACACCCGUGUGGGUGGAAAUAUGACAACCUGCGCAUCAAAUGUCUGGACGAGUAUUCUGACAGUUGGGGAGGGGGGUUAGAGACCCACCUCACAGCAGAAUCUACUGGAUGGCAGCAGGAUAAAAUCAGACUCCACAAACCAGGAUCAGAGGUGUGUGCAGAGUGAAAUGAACCAUGGACACGGACACACUCAGCCGUUAAGACUGUAAACACAGAUUUGUCUUUCUGAACAUUUUUUUUUUUUAUAAAUAUACAGGCCGUCAUGCUGUGAUCAAAUAUGAGCAGAAUGUUAAAUUUAAAGAAUGUUAAAAUGUUAAACACGGACUCAUCUGGAGUAUUUACCAAAAAAUUAAACAGAUCCAUAAGUACUUGAAGCUGAGUGAGGAAUCCGAGUGUCUGGGUUUAUGACAGUCAAAGACAAACAUCCAGGAUUUCAGUGCCUUCCUGGACUCUGCCAUCAGACGUGCAUCUCUUUGAGGAGUGACUUGUCUUUGCAGAAUGUCCAUGUUUUUUGGGUCCUUGUGCUUCUUGUGUUACUGUAUGGUUGUGUGACAGUGACCAAAGACAACAGCUUGAUGUCUUUGGUCACUGUCACUUUGUCACAAACUUGGUCCUGGAUGGCAACCAACGAGGCAGACAACUGGUCUGUGACCAUAGUGUGAUGGAGGCAACAACCCCACUGCAUGAUCCAAGACCUGACAUCACCAGACCAUAACAAGAGGAGCAAAUCUGUAACCGCUCCAUUGUAGAGGUUUGUGAAACCUGCUGGGGUUCCCCCCCCCAUUUAACACAAGAUUGUAUUGGCAAAACUCAGCCACUGGGGGGCGAACAAGAUAAAGCUUAGAUGAAAAUGGAGAGCUGAGUCAGGAAGAGUCUGGGAUCAAGAAGGGCAUCUGGUAUAAAACUGCACAAAGAUCACAUAUAGGGUGACAUGGAGAUGUGUGAUCUGCUGUAGCGAUGUAAACAGCACCUAGAAUCCAGCCUCACUAUACCAUGGCAUGCAUGAAAAUGUAUGGCGGUCAUCCCUGGCUGUCAGGAGGAUGGGGGCAGGGGUCAACAUUUAAAAAUGCUGUGGUCAUAUUAAACUAUACCAUCUGAUCAUAAAGAUUUCUAAAGGAUACAGUUUGGAUGGCCUGUAUGAGGUAAAAACAUCAAAAAGUUGCUUCAAGUUUGGCUAAAGGUAAUUCAAUUCAAUUAUGGCUUUUUUAUUACCCAAUUAGCUCAACCAAUAAUUUGCCUAGUUUUAUAACCUAAACUGGAGCAAUUUUAACUUUUGACUCCUGUACAAACUGAACUUGACUUUUUUUUUUUUUACCCCAUUCUGUCAUAGGUAGUCCAAGCAAUACCCUUUUGGAAUCUUUAUGAACAAAUGUACUUUUCAAUAUGACUGUAGCUUUUUUUUUUUUUUAAAUGUUGACCCCCUACCUGGCUACAGCAGCCACACUGGGAUGGCCACCAUGCUUUCUUGUGUUUAGUUCUCUCAAGUGUUGUUGUUAGGUUGUCUGGCCUGUGGACUAAUGGAGGUUCCAUUUGAGAUAACUCACAAAGUAGUGGAUGUACAAUUUUAUCUCUGAAUAAAUAGUCUACUGAACUUC